CUCGAGAAGUUGAUGGCAGUGAUAAUAAUUUAAACCAAUAUUCGAAAUUUGGAGCUUCAAUUCAACCUUUUCAAAGGAAUUUCCCUCCUCAACCUUUUUACGGACUGGAUGGAAGUUCAAUGAUCAAAUGUCCAUCCGAUAUUGUUUUCGCUGAUCCAACUAAACCAAUUCCAAAAUGUACUGAUCCACUUCCAAUUGACAAUUUCCCAAUGCCAAGGUGCAUUUCAAAUAUAAUAAAUAAUUAUCGCACAGAAAAAUUUAAUAUUGUACAGAGAUUAGGUUAUCAAUCUAAAAGACAUACUAGCAAUAUGGCAACCUUUUUUUCUUAUUUCAUUUCAUCAGAUAUAAUUCAGUCGAAUACGCCUAUACCAUCAAUUCCUAUCUACAUACCACCCGACGACUCAAUCUACAAUCCACCAACAGGUCCAUUAAAUAAUACCCCAAAAAAACCCCUUGAAUUUAAUAGAACAGAACCAGUUGACAACUUAAGAAAUGGACUGAACCAUGUCACGCCGUUCCUUGAUUUGAAUCAAUUGUAUGGACUUAGCAAAGAGGAGUCUACUCAAUUACGUGAUAUUGGUAAUCGAGGAAAGUUAAAGAUUGAUAAGAACAAUCAAUUCUAUCCGAUGAAAGAUCCAACUACCGGUGAUUACAUCUUGGGACAAUUUUCUAAUCAAACAAAUUAUAUUUUCACAUUGGCAAUCCAUGUUAUUUGGUUACGUGAACAUAAUAGAUUGUGUGAUCAAUUAUACAUAAAAUAUGGUGACUCGUGGACUGAUGAUCAAUAUUUUGAAGAAGCUAGAAGAUGGAAUAUUGCAUUUUAUCAAAAAGUAGUAGAAGAAGAGUAUUUUGGUACUAUCCUUGGUAGAUCACUGCCACAAUAUGAACAAUAUAACGAGAGUUUAGUGCCAGGAAUUGACGUUUUCUUCGAAACAAUAACAUUCAAACAUAGCCACAGUGAACUUGGCAAUAAGUAUCGUUUACAAGAUGAAUAUGGUGACAUAAUUGAAGAUUUAACAUUGGAUGACAUUUCGACAGUUGGAUUGUUGGAAAAAUUUGGAAUAGAAAAGGUUUUGAGAUCAAUGUCCCUACAAGUUCAAGAAGAUUCAGAUAUUUAUUAUUCUGAUGCUGUCAGAAAUUAUAAAACUAUUGAGCAACUUAGUUAUGAUAUGGCAGCUUCCAGUGUUUUAAGAGCCAGAGACAGAGGAAUUGCUUUAUAUAAUGAUGUUCGCCAGGCAUAUGGUUUAAAAAAGAAAGAUUCAUGGGCAGAUAUAACUUCAGUUAAAGCAUUGCAGGAUUAUCUACAACAAUUGUAUCCUAAUGGACCUAAUCAAUUGGAAGCUUUUGUUGGAGCAAUGGUUGAAGAUCAUUUGGACGGAUCAAAUUUUGGUGAAUUGUUGGACACUAGUAUGGUCACCCAGUUUGUGCAUAUUAGAGAUUCAGAUAGAUUUUGGUAUGAGAAUAGUAUCAUGUUUACAGAUGAUGAAAGGGAAAUCCUUAGACAUACAACAUUUAGAGAUAUUAUUGUACGUAACCUGCCAGAAGAUUAUCAAUCAAUUAUCCCACAAAAUAUUUGGAUGGUUCAACCAGUAGCAUCCACUAAACCUUUAUCACCUGAUGAUGAAUAUCCAAUUGAUAUUUCUGUGUGGCCACUAUAUAAUGUCAAGUAUGGCGUCGAUGAUUAUUCUAUUUCUUUCAAAGUUACUUUACAAACUAGUGAUGGUAAAGGAUGGUUUGGAAUGGGAUUUGAUCCUGAUGAUGAUGGAAUGAGUGGGGCAGAUUUUGUUAUUGGAACUAUAGGAGAGAAUAGUACUUUUGACUUACACAAUUAUCAUUCAGCUGGUUAUCAUACACCUGUUCUUGCCGAUGAUUCAGAUUUAACAAUAAUUAGUAAUCCACCUCUUAAAGAUAAUUUGGCAACUAUUGAAUUCUCAAGACCGUUAUUGCCUAAUGGAAAAAAAGGAAUUAAGAAAGGACCUGUUAAAUAUAUCAUGGCUUAUAAUCCUGGAAGUUCGCAGUUUUCUUAUCAUGCGAAUAAUCGUAUAAUGCUUACGAUCGAUUUUUAUGAAAAAAAAUUACAAUUAGAAGAAAUAACAUUAACUCAACAAAGAGCAAAACUUUUCCAUGGAAUUGCAAUGGGUUUAACCUGGAGUGUAGUGUUUCCAAUAUCAAUUUUUAUAGUUAGAUUUUUUAAACAUACAAAUCACUAUGUCAAGGUCCAUCGAUUUCUUCAGAUAGCAGGUGGAAUAAGUGUUGGAACUUUUGGAGCAGCAGUAAUAUCAGUGUCUAUGAUAGAUAAUCCUCAUACACUAGUAGGAUUGGUGCUUUAUUCCUUAGUAUUUCUACAAUUAGCAAUUGGAAUAACUUCAAUAUGGAGCCAAGCAUAUUUAGUAUCAGUAAAUAUAGGUUAUUUUAGGUUGUUUAAAAGAAGUCAUAAAUAUUUAGGGGCAUCCUUAUUAAUUAUUGCAUGGUUUAAUAUUUAUCUUGGCAUGGAUACCUAUAGUUUAAUAUAUGGAGAGGAUUUAAAGAUAUAUAAAAUAAUAUACAUUGUUUGGAUAUCUUUAGUCAUAUUAGCAUUUAUAAAUUAUGAAAUUUUAUAUAUUGAUCAUCUUGGUCAUGAAAAGUAUGCAAGUUUACCAGAUCUUACGUUGAAUGAAUUUAAUGAUAAAGUUCAAAAAGGCGCACAUUUAGUAAUUUGUGAUGGGUUUGUUGUUGACAUAAGAAAUUGGUUGACUAGUCAUCCAGGAGGAGCGAGAAUAUUAGAAAAUGUAAUCGGAACUGACAUUACUGAUGAUUUUUAUGGAAAAAAUACUAUUGAUGGAACAAUUAAACACCAGACUUUUUUUUAUACUCCUCCUUCAGCAACAAAACCAAACCGAAAAUCAGACUUUGGUAUUAUUGAAAAGAUCGACAAGUUACCAAUUGCAGCAUUAAUUGAUGAUUUUAAUAGGGGGAAUACUAUUAAAUCUCCAUUAGCAGUUCAUUCUCAUAGUUACAUUGCAACCAAAAAAAUGUCAAAAAUGAUAAUAGCAAAAUAUAUUGAUCAAUCCAAUGACAACGAUAUUAAAGAUCCAAUAUUUCAUAAAUUUAAAUUUAUAAGAUUUAAACUAAUUGACAAAACAAUAAUAAACAAUAGUAAAGAAUUCCCAAUCAUCAAAUUUGUAUUUGCCACUAAUAAUAAUAGGAAAAGUGGCGAUACUAAUUUGGAUUAUUUGCCCGGACAUUAUAUUGAAGUUCAGGCAAAAAUUAAAGGUCAGGUAGUGAUUAGGAAUUAUACACCAAUUGAUGGAACAAUAAUGAAAAGUUUUUCCAUUAUAGUAAAGAUUUAUCCAAAUAGUCUGAUUUCAAAAUAUUUAAACAGUCUAUUAAUUGGAUUUGAACUUCAAGCAAGAGGUCCAUUUGAACUUGGAACUGGAAUUACACCAAUGAUUCAGUUAAUAAAAUAUCAUUUAAAGCAUUUUGAUUUUAAUAAUAUGGAUAAUGGGAAUAGAUUAUCAAUGCAUUUAUUAUAUGGUAAUAGAUCUUUUGGUGACCAAAUACUAAAUUUAAAAGAGCAAUAUAUGGAGCCACUUUAUGAAAAAUGCAUUUAUGAUCUUUCCAUAAUCGAUAGCGUAUUAUCUGUUGUAUAUGUAUUUAAUAAGCUUUCUCCCAAUAUAAUUAUAAAUAAUGAAUCGAAACGGGGGGAGGGAGAAGCGGAGAAAAGGACGAGAGAUUCAUUCAAUAAUGUUAUUCCUGAUAUUUCUAACAAUCAAUCACAAUCGCUUUCGCCAGAAACGCUUCCAUCAAAUUUCUCUAAACAAUCAGAUUCCUCAACUGAUAAACUACAAGAAGGUCAAACAGCAGAAGAUCAAACAGCAGAUGAAGAAUUAAAUAAAUUUAUUAGAGAUUCGUUAAAUAAACCUAAUAGUAAAAUAUUUGUGUGUGGACCAAUGAAAAUGAUGAAUAAAAUUGGAGAUAUUUUAUCCAAUGAUCUAAAACUUAAUAUAAAUGAUGAUUAUAUUUUGUUGAUGUGA